CCGUUUCCUUUUCUCCUACCCGAAAAACGCUAUCGAUGGACAUGAAGUCCGUGAGUUUUUCAUUGAAUUUUAUAUGGAUCGGUCAAGACUAAUGCCCGUGUCCACUUUACGAUUGUGAUACCAACAGGACUUUGGAUCAUACAUUAUUUGUAAUUAAUUAUAUCGUGCCUGUAUUCAAUACACACUGUCUAUGUCAUAUAUAAAUGUAGAUAAUCGGUUAUCGUAUAAUAAGAUCCUAACUAGAAUCUGUGAGAGAUUUUGUCUAGACUUUAGAGAUGAUGAUGAUGCUGCUGCUGCUGAUGAUGAUGCUGAUGCUGCUGCUGCUGAUGCUGCUGCUGCUGUUGCUGAUGAUGAUGAUGAUGAUGAUGAUGAUGAUGAUGAUUAUACAUACCUUUGUGCAAUUAGUUUGUCGAUUAAAUUGUUAGCUGGCUCGGUGAGAUUACUCUUGAGUUUCAUUAUCGUGUGCUCCCAUCAUAAUUCGGUGCUUUCGGUAGUGAAUAAUAACGAUCUUGGCUCAACGAGUUCAUUUGAUCAUAUUUUCUCGCUUCUUUAUAUUGUGCUCCAUAUAUAUAAAAAAAAAAAGUAUAUGUAUAUAUAUAUAUAUACAUAUUAUGUGUGUGUAUAUAUAUAUAUAUAUAUAUGACGGGAACAUGAUAAUAAAAUACUGCCUAAUUGAUUCACUUUAAUGCAUGUGUACUAUCGAUCAACAGAUUGCGUACAUCUGUGUGUUUAUUGUGCGGCCGACGUUACAUCGUUGUUUGUACCUGUUUUCACAACUUGUGUCGACUAAUAUAUACCUUACUUUAACGUGAAAGUAUGCCGAUUCGAGGAAAAUACAAACUUUUGACAAUUAUUAUUCGCUUAUUCGAAUAUCAGAAAAGAAAAAGGUAAUAAUAAACGACGGACAAGAGUAAAAAACGAUAGAAAUAUGUAGGAAUGAUAAUCCUAUUGUAUUGGAACACAUGUAUGUAACAUCACACAUGCAAUUUUUGCAAAUUCAUUAAGUCAUGUUUUUGACUUGUGAUCACUAUAGUCAACAAAGGGAAAGAUAAAACAAAAUGAAGGAGAAAAAGAAAAAAUACAAAGAAGAAAUGAAUCGAAACUGUUAUUUUUAUCAAAGUACUCGAGCCGUCUUUUAUCCGAUGAAUGGAAAACAAAAACAAACAAAGGAUAAUGUAAAUUGAUAUCGUAAUAAUGCUAACGAUAAAAAAAAAUGAACUACGAUAACAUUAUUUAAAGUAAAAGAAAAAAGGAAUAUACAAGAAAAGAAUGAAAGAGAGAAAAACAAUGUAAUAAGUUUCAAAGUGCCAAUGUGAACGAUGAUGUGGAGACAUCAAAUAAUAAAUGUGUACGCGUUGUAUAUCUCGUAUGCGUAGGUAGCAAACAAGAGGAGUAGGAAGAGAAGGAGGAGAAGGAUAGAAAAAGAAGAAACAAAAAAGAAAAUAAAAGAUAACAAAUGGUUAGUUAAGCAAAAAGAAUCGCGCGCACCAGAUGACAGGGCCGAGUUCCUAUCACUGAAACAAUUUGCGUCAAACAAAUCACACAUCGCGCUAUUUACAGUGUUACGUACUUGAACAAUUCUUUCCGUCUAAUCGUAAUGCGAGCGUAUAAUAACCGACUCCAUCUUGAAUUUCUCGAAAAAAAGAAGGCGCUAUUGUAUAUUUAUAGAUGUUUUUGAAACGUGCGACAGACAAACAAAAAAUUUUUCUGCGUCGCGAUUUAUUAAAAAAAAAAAAAAAAAAAAAAAGAAAAAAAAACGUAAAAAAAAAAGUAAAAAAAAAAAAAAAAAGAAGAAGAAUAAGAUAUAAAAAAAAAGAGAAAACGUUACGUAUUUCUGGCAAAAGAGACAAUUUCUUGUUUUUUUUUUUCUUUUCUUUUUUUUUUUUAGAUCGUACUCCGCUAACUUGCGCUUUUAUCGAUCGAAAAAUGUCAAGGACGGUACGUUGGAAUAAGUAAAAUAAUGAAGAAAGGUUAAAAAAAGAAAAAAACGAAGAGAGAGAGAGAGAAAGAGAGAGAGAUAGAAAGAGAAAGAUAACCAGUGAAAUCCUGAAAUCCGCAAUUUCUUUGAUCUCAACAUUUGUCUAGCAUACAACGACUCGAUAAAAUAAUAUUUAAUGAAUAAAUCUUAAAUAUCGUAGUAUUACUAAGUGCGUUAAUCUUAUGGAGAUGAUAAGUAUCAAACAACAACAACAAAUUACCCUUUUAUUGACCCUUCGAAGGAACAUUGUAUAAAGUAACAAAAGACGUACUCUGUGUAUUAUUGCUGCAGGCAAAGCUAUUAUUAUUUUUAUUAUUAUUAUAAUUAAUUAUUAUUACUAUUAUGAUUACUAUUAAUAUUAUUAUUAUUAUUAUUAUUAUUAUUAUUAUUAUUAUUAUUAUUAUUAUUAUUAUUAUUAAUAUUAUUAUUAUUAAUAUUAUUAUUAUUUGUUCUCUUGCUACGUGUAAAUAUACAUUUAUACAUGCAUAUAUGUAUACAUAUACAUAUAUAAAUACGAAUGAAAAUUUUAGGAUUAAGAGGAUACACACUCCACGAAACACGAAAAAAAAUUACACUACGUGCGUAUAGGUAGAUAGUCCAUUAUACCAUUUAUUAUUAUAAUUAUUACCAUUACUACGAUUAAAUAUUAUUAACGAAGAAUACGAUAUCUAAAUGUUGCUAAAUAUAUCGCGGCGGAGCACGGUUAUGAGAGAAAAAGAGCGACCGAGAGAGAGAGAGAGAGAGAGCGAGAGAGAGAGUAGAAUAUACAUUAAGAUGAAAAAAUAAAAGUCGAAAACUUGUAUGUGUCGCGAGUGCGCGAACCUUAGGGGAUACGUAUGUGCGCGUGUGUUUCCCAUGUAUGUGUGUGUAUGAUCAUGAGCGAAAAUUUAAGCCAGAGAAAGCACGAGAGUAAAACACAAGGGGCCGUGUUUGGGGGCGGAAUGGAAUGGAUGAAUUUACAUGUACAGCUCUAAAAAAAGAAAAAAAAAAAAAAGAAAAAAAAAGGAAAAAAAGAAGAAGAAAAAAUAUCCUAAAAGUAAUCCACCCCCAGAGUCCCGUACCACCCCACCACCGGCCGCCCCUCAGUCAUAGCAAGUUAUGAACCGCGGGCCGGCAGGUCUGAGUAUAAUUUUUUGUACUGUGUAAAUGUAAGAACAUACGUUUGAAUAAGAAAAAUGUUUAUAUUAUGAAAGAUCUUGUCUUUUAUUGUUUAUAAACAUUUCUACUAUUUCUUUUCUAUGUACGAACGCAUUCUCAUAUGCACAUCGGUUAUAUGUCAGGAUGGUAUAAAAGAAAAUUAUGUCCAUUUGUUUUUAAAUCGAUUUUAAAUGAAACGAUAUUAUAUAAAUAUAUAUUUUCUUUUAUCGAUGUGAUUUAUUCGAUCUUUCAAAUUAUAAUAAGGAAUUAAUAAUAUUGGCCAAUUGACGAUUUUUGAACUGUUUUAAAUGGCUCCUCUUUCAGCAACAUUUUUCUGAUUACUUUCUAAAAGCUAUAUUUAGUUUAUAAAACCUAUUAGUUGAAAGUUGAAUUAACAAUUUAAUAUGAUAUUUUGCUGUUUCAGUUGAUCAGCUUAGCAAAUAUUCCGUCGGAAGAGGAUGUUGAACGAUGAAGAAGUAAAUCAAGUAUUUGAAACUUGAAAUGUUUGAAAUUUCAAAUCUCAAAAUGAUCGCUGAUUUUUUUUUUUUUUAGAUUGAUUCGUCGGUAUGCGUUUCUCAAUAGUGACUUUUCAGAGGGCACCACUGAUGUAUAGUAUAUUUAAAAACGUAUUAUUGCAAAAGAUGAAUAAUAUGACACAAACGAAACCUAUAGAAUCAUCGAUAAGAAAGAAACUAAAAGAAUCAUUCGAUCCGUAUUUCAUUGAUGUUAUCAAUGAAUCUUAUAUGCACAAUGUACCUAAGGGAUCAGAAACGCAUUUUAAAGUAGUAGUUGUUUCUGAACAGUUCGAUGAUAAACCUCUGAUUAUGCGUCAUCGUAUGGUACACGAUUUAUUAAAAGUUGAAUUACAUGACAUACACGCACUUUCCAUCGUAGCAAAGACACCUGAACAAUGGGAAAAAAGUAACAAAACAUUUACGCCCAGCCCUGCUUGCAGAGGAGGUUUCGGAAAAUGAUAUGUAUCAGUACAUAAAGAUUGUAUAUAAAUAUUGAUAUGAACGUUGAAAUAUACUGAAUAAAAUUUAAUAAAAUAAUUUAAUUGUUUAAAAACAGAUAAUUAAAAAUUAAAAUAUUUUAUUAAUGUCACAAGGAAAACGUGUCUAAUCUUAAUCUUCCUUCAUUCUCAGUUAGGUAGAGUAUAUCUGCCAUAGACUGUUCUGCAAUUGCUUCUUCCGCUUUAUCAUGCAUCUGUAAAGUGUAUACACAGGCACACACGCACACGCGCUUAUUACAAUUGGUAAUACAAUUUAAAUAUUGUAAACAUCGACAUAUUUAUUGUAAUAAUACUUACACCUCGGAAAGCAGUAUCGGUAGGAGGACACUUAAAAUUGGGUCCAAAAUUUACAGAAACAGUUGCACUUUUAUGUAUUGAGACAGUAGGAAAAUAUGCUCCUCUAUUGAUAUCUAUAAAAGCUUCACCUUGAUUGAUACCAUUUCUAUAAUAUACGAUUUUACUCCCUGGUAGAGAUUUUAAGGCUUUUAAUGCUUCCGGUACUUGAUCCUUCUCCUCGUAAUAAAGGUGACUCUUGAAUUUUACUAAAGGCUAAAUUACAGAUAUCUAUGAUUACUUGAAACGUACGUGAAAUGUAUUAAUCUAAAAUUAAUUAAUUAAUCUAUUAUUUACUCUAUCUUUAUAUGUAUUUGGAAUAUGUGACGCAUCAUAUGUAUCAGGUAAAGAUAUAAGAAAUCCUAAUGUAUCUCCUUCCCCAUAACCAUUGCUAUAAUGUUUUCCUCUACUUUCAUGAAAUCGUGUACCUUUCCUGUAAAAUAGAAUUAAAAACAAAUUUUAUUAUGGAAAAACAAAAAAAAAAAAAAAAAAAAAAAAAAAAAAAAAAAAAAAAAAAAAAAAAAAAGAA